AUGCUGACCCCUCAAAGCCCCCUAGGAGUGUCAAGGUUUUCUAUCGCAAAAGUUAUUUUUGGAGAUUUGUGGACGACUCACUUAGCAAUGUCCACCUCAAUGCCAAAGAGGCAGGAGUUACUAGGAUCGGUCAGCGACAGAAACUUAGUGAGUCAUUCUCAAGGAGGAUAUGACAAACUAUGUGUCGCCAAACACCUUCAAGAUGCUGCUCAGGACACUACGGCUGUCAUCAUGGCCUGGCAGUGCAAGCUGGACAGGGCUAUGGCCUUUUGA